CCAAUAACGUCACCGGAGUAACACGUUUUAAAUGGCUGCGACCAUAAAACUAUGCACACGAUGUAUUGGAGAUGCAUCCAAGUAUUAUUUUAAACUACCUACACCUACACGGAGGUUCACCCUAGCAUGUGAUAGCCAUUUAUCCCGGACACGGUUCAUCAGCAGACAGACACACUAUUCUCCACGCUCCCACAGUCCGGUCUUGUUAUUCUCAACCACAGGGUCCAACAUGUCUCAGAAGAAGCUCCUGGUGGAUGUGGACAGUGGUGUGGAUGAUGCCCAGGCCAUCAUGCUGGCCCUGGCCCAGCCCCACGUCCAGCUGCUGGGCAUCACCUGUGUCCACGGCAACACCAGCGUGGAGAAUGUGUGUCGGAACACGCUGAGGGUUCUCCAGGCUUGCAACAGACUAGAGAUCCCGGUGUUCCGAGGAGCGGCCAGGUCCAUCCUGGGGAUCCACGUCCACGGAGGAGACUUCCACGGCAAGGACGGGCUGGGAGACGCCCCAGACCACCACGCCCCGGGGCUGGAGAUGGUCCAGAAGGAGGGGGCGGUGUCCGCCAUGAUACGCAUCAUCAACGAGAACCCUGGAGAGAUCUCUCUGGUUGCCACGGCACCCCUCACUAACUUAGCCAUGGCGGUGAGGCUGGACCCUUCCAUUCCCAGCAAGCUGAAAGGCCUCUACAUCAUGGGGGGCAACACCGACUCUCGAGGAAACACAACGGUGUGCGGAGAGUUCAACUUUGUGGCCGACCCGGAAGCAGCUUACAUCGUCCUCAAUGACUUCCUGUGUCCAACCUACCUGGCCUGCUGGGAGUUCACCUGCUACAGCAAGCUGCCGUGGGAGUUCUGUGACGCCUGGCUUGCCCAGGACACUAAGAAGGCCCGCUUCAUGGCUCAGAUCUUCCGCCAUAGCAUGGACCAGUCGCUGAGCGAGCGAUCCCAGAAGGAGAUGGUGGACGGCUCAGGCUUCGUGUCGUGUGACUCCUACGCGAUGGCGGCGGCUGUAGACGAUGCCUUUGUGACGGCGUGCGACCAGGUGGUGGUGAGCGUGGAGCUGGCGGGGACUCACACGCGAGGGAUGAUGGUCCUGGACACUCUGGGUCUGCUGGAGAAGACCCACAAGGCCUUCAUCAUGAAGAAAGUGGACCUGGAGAAGUUCAAGAAGAUGAUGAUGGAUGCUCUGAAGUAAAGGCUGGGGGUACUUAAAUUUACAUUUAGUCAUUUAGCAGACAUUCCCUAACCGCUCAGCCACCUGACUCCCUUCCGUCUACCAUGUACCCAUUCAUCUCCCUCCUUUCUUCGCCACCUCAAAUAUUAACUGGAGAUAAUCAUUUACUUUUGGGACCAUGCUCAUUCAGAAUGAUUUUUUUUUUUUAGCUCUUUAAAAACCUUUUUAGAAAACUUUUUUGUCAGUCUGUCUUCAGAUUUGUAUACAAAAUUUGAUCUUUAAUCUUUGUACAAAAUUAUAUAUUUUAUACAAAGAUUUUGUACAAGACUUUCAUAGAUGUCAUGUUCUAAUUCCUACUACCCUGCUAGAAAGCAAAAUGUUCCUAAAGCGCUAGUAUGACUAGGCAAGCAUGUGCAUCACUGAUGUUGAAUGUACACAAUGUGAAUGGAGAUGGCUAUAAUGCCCUAUUUAAUUAAAUAAACAUUUUACUCAU